GUGUGUGUGUGUGUGUGUGUGUGUGUGUGUGUGUGUGUCUGUCUGUUUGUGUGUGUAUUUCAGGAACAGAGAAAUGAUGACUACUGUUUCAUCUGUGGAGAGCGAGGAGAGCUGCUGUGUUGUGAUGGGUGUCCCAGAUCCUUCGACAGAGACUGUCACUUACCUAGUCCUCUACCAGGAGAUGAGUGGCUGUGUACAUUCUGUGUUUUGAAGAAGAGUCAGGAAUGGCGCUACACUAGACACAUGACCCAAAGGCAGGUCCUAGACAGCAGAAUCUCGGACUGUACGCUGCAAUGCCAGUACCUCCUGCUGUUUUUACUCAAUGUUGAUGAGGAGAAAACCUUUACCACUGAUCCCUGCUCUACUGUAUCAGGGUACUCGUCAGUGGUACCGAGGCCCAUGUGGUUGGAGAAGGUGAGAGAGAACCUGGACGGUCGCUACCGUCUGGUGGGAGAGUUCAUCUCAGACGUGCGGCUCAUCUUCAAGAACUGUGCCAUCUACAACAGGAACAACUUGAAGUAUAAAGAACUGGGAAUGCGACUCAGUGACGUGUUUGAGAAAGAGUUCCUCUGCACCUUCAACAUAGAAGAGAGAAGCAGGGAUAACAGAAUGAAGGGAAUGAUGAAGAAGAAGGAAAAGGAUAACACAAACACCGGAGUUCUCCAGAGCACAAGCAAUCUACCCACCCUUCUACCUGCAAGGGCCCCUCAUCAGAGCAAUAGUGCACAGAGGAGCUGUGAAGCCUGUACUGAAGUUCCUGACUCCAGCCACUGGGUCCUGGUGGACCCUGAGGUCUCCACAGAGAAGAGGGUUUCAACCUGCAGCCUGAGCUCUCCUGCAGGGAGGUAUGAGUGCUCCGAGUCUGGUCUGCGCUGGUCGUGCGUUGGUCAAGUCACCCUGCAGUACUGCUUCGCGGACUGGCAUCUCUUGGCUGGAGAGCUGCCUAACAUGCAGUACAGACCAGCUGGCCCCUCGAUGGAGAUCAAGCUCAUCUCAGGAGAGCUGGAGGAGAUCCACCUGCCACAUUUCCUCUGUUUGGGAGGUAGUCAGUCCUGUCUGAAGGAUGCUGUGAAGGUUCUGCACAAACAGGACAGUGGAGUGUGUUUGGAGAAGUUUGAGCUGAGUCGCUUCCAUGCCAGGCUGGUGAACCCCUCCUUUUCUCUUCUUGGACCUUUCUACUCUUUGAUGUCGCUCAUGCGCCCUGGGGAGGAGAGGGAGCACAUGAAUAUCCAUGCUGAUGUUCAGGUCUAUCGGAGCAGCACCUCCCCCCUCAACUUCCGCUUGUACCUCCUGCCAGAGGAUGCCCAUCUCAGAAAGUUAUUGAUGGACGAAGAGGAAGGUUUCCGAGGCUUCAGACUCCCUAGGCCCCGACCUGUGAGACCUCUUCAGAUGCAUGAGUUCUAUGGUUUUUAUACAACUCCAGAACCCAUCAGAAUUUAUCCAGUAGAGCUAGACCUCAGAGUCAGCAAUAUUGGCCCUAACUUCGCAGAGGUUCGUAUAGGUGAGGCUGGUGACUUUAAAAUUAAGCUUAUCAGCUCUGCAGACCAACAGACAGUUUGGGAAGCAGACAUCACGAGAAGCGAAUGCUUUUGGACCAAUCCCCACCAGAGUAGUGACAACAUAUCAGCUGCUGAGUUCCUCAAAAGGCACCAGGCAGAUCUUGUUCAGAAGGUGAAGAACGUGAUGCCGUUAGCAGAUAAGUUGCUCUCACAAGGCCACAUCAGCGCUGACAAUUAUGCAGACAUCAGAACAGAACGCACUGACCAGGACAAGAUGAGAUGUGUGUUUAAGGUCCUGGAGUCAUGUGGGGAUAGAGGGAAGCGCGUGUUCAUCACAAACCUUCAAGAGCAACACUCUGACCUGCUGGAGGAGUUGGGCAUGCCUCUUGGAUGGGAAUAUGAAAACCCUGUUUAGCUAUUUUCAUUUGUAAUUCUGUAACUUUGUCUGUACUCAUGCUCAGAAGGCCAGUGAGUCAAACGGUUGCAACUUAGAAAGCAACAAUGCGCUAUAACGCUUGCUAGCAAAGUUUCCAGCUCAUAGUCUAAAGCCUUGCCUUGCAAACACCACCACCAUAGGUCGAACACCAACAACAACAACUUUUACUUAAAGCAGCACUAAGGAGUUUCGGUCGAAAACUAAGAAUCUAACUCCUGAAAAGGCAUGCAGAAACCUUUCAAACACCAACAACAGCACAAUUGCCACUGAUAAAAAGCUUGCUUGCAUGUCAUGUCUUGGCAAUGUUGUUGGCAAUGCUAUGAAACCUUUUUUUUCCCAUUCUUGGGGUGUGGUCCAAUCCAGACCACAGAACUGCUUAGUUUUAAGCCUAGACGGCUAGUUGGAACGACAGGUGUGUUUAUCUGUCCUUCACAUGACCAUAUACCAUGAAAAUGAAUUAGAGGAUGAUACCAGUACUAGUUCCUUACCUUGCCUCAGAAAGUGUCAAAUUGUUGCCUUGCUGUCUCAUUAAGAAUACGUAAUGAUGGCUCUUGCCUUCAGUAAGUGAUGGAAAACUAUGAUUCUGCCUG